AUUUGAUGUCACCCAAUAGCGAACAUGUUCGCUCUGCCUACUAGGCUAGUCUGAUAUACCGUGCUCAAACUUCUGGUCGGAUCAUGUCAUGGAUGCUGUGGACUGUGUUUUUGGUGCUUUGUGUCACUUCUCUAUUUAUGUUCGCAAAUGAUCAGGGCAUCAGGCCUCAUCGUCUUCUUAUAUGGUCAGUCGCAAUUGCUAUGCAGCUGAGACAGCCGCUUGCAAGAACAAGCACAGUCAAGAUGGAUGGACAGCAGUAUUGAUAGUUUGGCCUUACCAAGUCAAUUGUCGCAACUUAGACGAUUGAUGUGACAUCAUGUGCACAUGUGUUAGACUAGUCUUAAUUUAUUCAAAGCUUUAGGGUAAGCUUAUGCAAGCUUACCUAACUUAAUGUACAUGCUGUGCAUGUCUGGACACGAUGAUGUUGGAAUGGCACUCAUCAUCAUUGGUAAGGGUGUAAAUUGAUUUUCAAUGCU